AUGGACAGGUCUCACGUAGGAAAUCGUUUUAAAAACUCGCCUCCCGACCUUCACGGCCACUUUGUCAUUGCUUCAGGCGCAUCAAAAUCGCUUGUCAGAACAACCGAUAAUCUCUAUUUCGAAUCACCCAAUGUUACGAGAAAUACAGCCACCAUACAGAAACAUAAUGUUCCACUCAAGUUUCUUGGUAAUCUUCGCUUUAACUUUUUCAAAAAUUUUCAAGCGUCUAUUAGCGCAUUACACGAACAAAAUCACACUUAUGAUCUUCUGAGUUUAAAUGAACCGGCUAAACAGAACAUUACACCAUGUUUUACCAGGAACGUCCUAGAACUAUAUGAUGGCACUAUGCUUACCUUCAUAAUUGAGUAUGAUGACUUUUACAGGUUAUCUAAAGAAUACCUAAUUUCUCCUAGCAAUCCAGUACAGGCUAUUAAUAAAGUGGAUAGCGCUGAAUCUACUCACAGAUAUCCCUAUCAUAUAAUCCACAGCAUUUUUAGCCAUGCCAAUGCUCGAUUCAUUAAACAUUCUAUUGGGAAUAGUUCAGUUAAGUUUCUGAAGGAAUCAGAUGUGGACUAG